UCGAGCAAGGCGGUCGCGUUUUUUUUCCGUCGCGAUUUUUAACGUUUUUUAAAUUGUUAACACAACUCGCGAACUUUUUGGUGGCUUGGCGGCAAUCGUGAGUGCAUAAAUUAAAUGGCAGCGCCAUGGAAUAGGCCCCAUUAGAGCCGCGCGCGUGUUUGUAUGUGUUUGGUGCGUGUGAUUGUUUGCGGGGGGUGGCAGUCAGGAGAAGCGAACACAAAACCAAAACAAACGCAGCGUGUGACUUUGCGAAUUGUGUUUGCCAGGUGAUGCUGCUGCUUGCAAAAUCUCGCCCAGCAGCGUGUAAAUGGCUAAACACAAAAUAACAACAAAAACAACAACAACAAAAGUUUGAGUGUGGCAAUUUUCUUCUGCAUUUAUUAUUAACACUCCCCCGCGCUCUCGCUCACUCCGCAAGAGUGCUUUUGGCUGGCGCUCUCUCUGUCUCUCGCCGACUCUCCGUCUCAGUGUGUGCGGCGGCUCAGAAAGCCGCCAGGAGCAACGCGAGAACGGAAUUUUAAUCAGGACGCAGAAUGCAGUCGGAAAGGCUUGGACGCAUGGCCAAAACAACGGCUCACUAAUUGUGGCCGGGACCACGUCCAGGACGAGGACCAACCAGGGACCUGGACCAGGACCAUGGCGUCAUUUGUAUGCAGCCGGGGAAAUUCUGCGACAGUAACACAGGCCGUUACGGAAGUGCCGAGCAGCGGCUAAACGGAAGCCAGAAUACAACCAGAAAAUAACCAGCCAAAGUGCCAACGGAGGAGCAUUCACCAGACCCAGCAGAGAGACCAAAAGCAAAGUGCAACAACGCAGUCAGGAUGAUGAGUGCCGGAGGAACGUACAUUUCCACCGCCAGCGUGGAGGUGCCCCAGGCUCUGCAGGAUGGCGACAAGUUUAUACGCUGGGACGAUGACUCGGGCACUGGAACGCCGGUGACGAUGCGCGUCGAUGCCAAGGGCUUCUUUCUCUACUGGGUGGACCAGAACAAUGAGUUGGAUAUCCUCGAUAUAGCCACCAUUCGAGAUGUACGCACGGGACAAUAUGCCAAGCGGCCCAAGGACAACAAGCUGCGCCAAAUUGUGACCCUGGGGCAGCAGGACACGCUGGAGGAGAAGACGGUAACAGUGUGUCAUGGCUCCGAUUUCGUCAACAUGACGUUUGUCAACUUUUGCUGCACCCGACGGGACAUUGCCCAGCUCUGGUCCGAUGGCCUCAUCAAACUGGCCUACAGCCUGGCCCAGCUCAAUGGCUCGGCGAUUAUGUUCCUGCAGAAGGCCCACACCAGGCUUUGCCUGCAGGUGGACAAGACUGGACGCAUACCAGUGAAAAACAUCAUAAAACUUUUCGCCCAGAACAAGGAGGAUCGGAAACGUGUCGAGAAGGCUUUGGACGUGACCGGUUUGCCAUCGGGAAAGGUCGAUAGCAUAUCGGUGUCGAAAUUUCAAUUCGAGGACUUUUACAAUUUGUACAAAUACCUCACGCAGCGUUCGGAGGUGGAGCGUCUCUUUGACAGCAUCGUUGGCAACUCAAAGCGCAAAUGCAUGUCCAUUGCCCAGCUGGUGGAGUUCCUCAACAAAACGCAACGCGAUCCCCGCCUGAACGAGAUCCUGUAUCCCUAUGCGAAUCCUGCUCGGGCCAAGGAGCUCAUCCAGCAGUACGAGCCCAACAAGUUCAAUGCACAAAAGGGCCAGCUAAGUUUGGAUGGCUUUUUAAGGUACCUCAUGGGCGACGACAACCCCAUUAUGGCCCCCAACAAGCUCGAUCUCUGCGACGACAUGGACCAGCCGCUGUCGCAUUACUUCAUCAACUCCUCGCACAACACCUACCUGACGGGCCACCAGCUGACAGGCAAGUCCUCCGUGGAGAUAUACAGGCAGUGCCUCCUGGCAGGAUGCAGAUGCGUCGAGCUGGACUUUUGGAAUGGACGCACCGAGGAGCCGGUCAUCGUCCAUGGCUAUACCUUCGUUCCGGAAAUAUUCGCCAAGGAUGUGCUGGAGGCCAUCGCAGAGAGUGCAUUUAAAACAUCCGAAUACCCUGUGAUAUUGAGCUUUGAGAAUCACUGCAAUCCAAGGCAACAGGCAAAAAUUGCCAACUAUUGCCGCGAAAUAUUUGGCGAUAUGCUGCUCGACAAGCCAAUGGAUUCGCAUCCCCUGGAACCCAAUGUGGACCUGCCACCGCCAGCCAUGCUCCGCCGUAAGAUCAUCAUCAAGAACAAGAAGAAGCAUCAUCAUCACCAUCAUCAUCACAAGAAGCCGUCACAGGUGGGAACGCCGGCAGCUAACAACAAACUGAUGACGGCCAACUCAGUGGAUGCAGCGGCCAAGGCGGCGCAACAAGUGGCUGCCCAAGAGGAUGGCGGCGCCAGAAGCACAGCCAAUGGGGACAUAGGCGGUGCAGCGGGUCAUGCUCCGCCACUGCAACAAAUCCGCCAGAGCUCCAAGGACAGCACCGGUUCCUCCGACUCGGACAGCUCCUCGGACGAUGAAUCCCUGCCCAAUACCACGCCCAAUCCGCCCAGCGGCAAUGAACCGCCGCCGGAGAAGGCCCAAAAGGAGACAGAGGCUGGGGCUGAGAUCUCUGCUUUGGUCAACUACGUCCAGCCCAUACACUUUAGCUCCUUUGAGAAUGCAGAGAAAAAAAACCGCUGCUAUGAAAUGUCCUCGUUCGACGAGAAGCAGGCCACCACGCUGCUCAAGGAGCGACCCAUCGAGUUUGUCAACUACAACAAGCACCAGCUGUCUCGUGUUUAUCCUGCGGGCACUCGCUUCGACAGCUCCAACUUCAUGCCGCAGCUAUUCUGGAACGCUGGAUGCCAGCUGGUGGCCCUGAACUUCCAGACCCUCGACCUGGCCAUGCAGCUUAACUUGGGCAUCUUCGAGUACAAUGCCCGCUCGGGAUACCUCCUGAAGCCGGAGUUUAUGCGCCGCUCGGAUCGGAGACUAGAUCCCUUUGCCGAGAGCACUGUGGAUGGCAUUAUAGCGGGCACAGUUUCGAUUACCGUGCUCUCUGGGCAGUUUCUCACGGACAAAAGGGUAAACACCUUUGUGGAGGUGGACAUGUAUGGCCUGCCGGCAGAUACAGUGCGCAAGAAGUUUCGCACCAAGACUGUCAGGGAUAAUGGCAUGAAUCCGGUCUACGAUGAAGAGCCUUUUGUGUUUAAGAAGGUGGUUUUGCCUGAGCUGGCGAGCAUCAGGAUAGCAGCUUAUGAGGAGGGAGGCAAGCUCAUAGGACAUCGCGUGCUGCCGGUGAUAGGUCUGUGUCCAGGCUAUCGCCAUGUGAAUCUGCGCUCUGAGGUGGGUCAACCCAUAGCUUUGGCUUCGCUCUUCCUGUGCGUGGUGGUCAAGGACUAUGUGCCCGAUGAUUUGUCCAACUUUGCCGAGGCUUUGGCUAAUCCCAUCAAGUAUCAAAGCGAGCUGGAGAAGCGUGACAUACAGCUGUCGGUGCUGACGGAUGAAACCGAUGCAGUGGGCAGUGCGGAUGAGGAUCUCUCCAAGUCGUUCGUUUUCGUCCAAGUAGGUGGCCAAAAGAAGGAGCUGCGUCCGGUGGAGUCGUUAGCCACCUCGCCCAAGCACAGGGCCAGCAUUUCGGCAGCUGCAGCCAUGAGUGUGGAUUGUGUGGCUUUGGAUCGCACAGAUGGCGGACGGGGAGACCAGGACUGCGUCUCCAUAGUGGCGCCUUCGAUACAGCAUCAGCACUCCCUGGAUCAAUCUGUAAGCACCUCCAUACGCCAGGUGGAAUCCUCACAGUUUGAUGUAGAUUUGGUGGUGGCUGAGCCUUUGGACAAGAUCUUGGAGCACAAGAGCGUCAAGGAGAAGCGGCUGGAGAUGGAAAAGAAGCUGGAAUCGCUGCGCAAGAAGCACGACAAGGAGAAGGUCAAGAUAGCAGGCCAAAAGUCCAGUCCCCUCGAAGGCAAGAAGCCCAAGUUUGCCAUCACCAACAAGUUGGUAAAGCGGCUGAGCAACAAGAGCCUUAAUUGUCUCUCUCCGAACAGCGAGCCCGGCGUGGAGGUGCCCGCCUGUCCCCUGGAUCUGGGCGAUAGCAGCGAGGAGAGUGUUGGAGCUGGCGAAGAUCUGGCUGGUGGUAGCAACCAGGAUAGUGGCACCCAGGAAACACGUUUGCGCAGUGCCUGCAGGGAGUACACUUCGCAGUAUCGAGAGCUGCAGGAGAAGUACCACGAGGCCAUCUACAGUGCCGCCGACAAGGUGCUCAAGGCCUCGCAAACAGCGCAGGUAAAGCAGCUAAAGGCGUCUUUAGACAAGGUCACGGAAGAGGUGAUGCAUCAGCUGCAGGAGGCGCGUCGGAACGAGGUCAAGAAUCUGGCCACAGUGCACAGGGAUAAAGACGAGCUAGUCAGAAUGAAACGCGAGGUGGCCAGCUCUGUGGUGGAGCGCGGCGUGGCGGAGCGCGUGCGUCUGAAGCAGACCUUCGAUCGGCGCACGGAUGAGCUGCAGAAGCAGCAUGACUCGGUGCGCAAUGCCUUGGCGGAUCAUCGCUCCAAGGCUCGCCAGAUCCUUGACAAGGAUGCCGAGUCACGCAGCUGUGUGUCCAGCAGUGGCUUCCUGGUGCUCUUCCAUGGACCCCAUCACCAUGGCUGCUCGGGCUCCGCUAGCUCAGCAGGCAAUAAUCUCACCCUGAAUCUGGAGGCAGGUGCUGCCGGCAUUUCACCCGCCAAGUCGCACAACAGCAUUGCGGCCGGAGCGGAUAUGAAAACGUAAAGGGGCUCCCCCAAAAACCUAGGUUUAAUUGUGGUUCUACAAGUUGUUAGUCUUCAGUAUUUGCAGCAGAAACAUAGAAAAAGUCUUCGUAGAUAUUAAGCUAAAGGAGGAGCAGUACCUGCCCUCCGCAAAACACGCACCCUUUUUUGGACAGGAACUGACCUCGAGUUAAAACCAAGCGAAUCGCGUUUUCUAACUGAACAAACUAGUUGUAACUCUCUCUCGCAUGUAUGAUGUACUUUGUAGUCUUGGCAGUAUCGGUGUACUAUAUAUAUACAGUGGCUCACAGCUUAUUUCGUGCAGAGGUAAACUUGAAAUUCAAAGUUGUAUAUCUGAAAAACUAUAGGUGAUAUGAAAAAAAUUUUAACGCAGUUAUGUUAAGUAGGGCUUAAGCGUUUAUUUAAGCCCUUAAUUAUUUUUCAAUUCCACAAGAUAACGAAAAAAACUUUAAAAAACGAAAAAUAUUGGUUAUUUUUAUGUCACAGCUUAUUUCGUGCAAAAACGUUGGGUACAUAUAACUUGUAAAUUGUUAUUUUAAAUUAGCUAAUUUUUUUUGUAACUCAUUGGAGGCGAUAUCAGCUAAUUUAUUUAUCCCUCCGAUGCUUUUCAUAUCACAGGAAAAUACAGUUUUCUGUGAAUUAACAAAAUGCGCUCCGCACGACUAUCGAACUGCGGGAAUUGGUCCUUAAUCAUUUUAAAAAUGCAAAAACUUGGCGAAAUAUUACUUAAAUAAUUAACCUUACCCUAAGUGCUGUUCAGUAAAUCAUCCCAAGCUUCAAUCGGGAAAAUCGUGAGGCAGAUAUUGGCCGAAAUGCUCCUAACCAAAUUUUUAUUAAGCUUGAGGAAAGGUGAAUUAUCCGGAAAAUUAAUGUUAAUUCAAAAAAUUUGGCGACAAAACUAAUAGUAAAUGUUGGGCAUGAAAUGGCCUAAAAGUAUUCCGUGGAAACCGUCCGCCGUUUAUAACGGGAACACAUCUUUAAAGGCCGAGUAACCCGGAAAAAGCCUUUCAAAACCAAUACAAAUCCGAAGUGCAGGCUUAAAUUGGCCAAGGAUCACAUAAUUUCAUUCGAUUUCGUUCUGGAAUGAAUUAAUUUUCACAGACGAGACCAAAUUCAAUAUUUAUGAGGUCGGACCGAGACCAAUAUGUUUGAAAACAAUCAAAUUCAGAGCUUCACCACAAGAACCGAUCCCCUACAGCCAAGCAUGGUAGUGGUACUCGCAUGGUUUGGGCGUGUAUGGCGGCAACCGAUGUUGAAAACCUGGUUUUUAUCGAGAGAAAUAUGGCUAGAAUAUGUACCUUCAACUUUGGAAGGAUAACUUGCUCCAGAUCGCCGAUAUAUUGGGCCCAAAGCGGAUUUUCUGACAUUACCAUGACAAUGACCCAAAGCAAAAAUCGACUCUUGUGCAGACCAGGUUGAUAUGGAACUGCCCUAAUGUGGUGAAUCCACUUGCCCAGUCACCAGACCUUAUCGUCCUUAAGAUUUUGUGGGCGAUUCUGGAUCUGGACAUCCGCAAGAGGUCGAUAUCUUAUAAAAAUGGUCUCAAAACAGCCCCCUUGGAAGAAUGGUCCAAGAUUCCAAAGGAGUCCUCAGAAAAGUUGAUUUCUUUAAUUAAAACUCUUUUAGAGGACGUCAUCAAAUAAAGUUAAGACAAAAAAAAUUGUAAGUUUAAGCAAAACCGAAAUAUUUAAGAUAAACUUUCUUGCACGAAAUAAGCUGUGACAUAAAAAUAACCAAUAUUUUUCGUUUUUUAAAGUUUUUAUCGUUAUCUAGUGGAAUUGAAAAACAAUCAAGGGCUUAAAUAAAUGCUUAAGCCCUACUAAACAUAACUGCGUUUAAAUUUUUUUCAUAUCUCCUAUAGUUUGUCAGAUAUACAAGUUUGAAUUUCAAGUUUACCUCUGCACGAAAUAAGCUGUGAGCCACUGUAUCUAUAUAACUAUAUCUACAUGAUGGUGAAGCCCCCACAAAACCAUACGGUUUCUUCCUAUUCGAACUUCGCUGAAACUCUGAGUGUCUAAUUAAGCAGCAAAAAAGCAGAUCUAAGUGCAUAAUUUAUUGUCUAUACGAACGGGGAGGUGCUCCCAGCUAAUGCUAAUUGUGGUUGUGUGUAUUACUCUUUUACAUUUUACAUUUUUUAAAUUAUAAAUUAUACAUUUUACAUCUAAUUUAUACGAUUAGUUUAAGGCUCGAAUGAAUCUCGGACGCGAAUGCUGAGCAGUCUAGGCCAACACUUAGUCAAUUAUUAUUUUUCCGGUUGGUUGCUAUAUUUAUUCUCGAUUGUUUUCUUAGUCACUACUCUUACUUACGUUUAUUUAGUUGUAAUGAUGGAAGCUCCAAUAAAAGUUUAUUAAAUUGUU